AUGGCGUUCGCUGUAGCUUGUUUCACCAUGUUGAGUACUAUUGGAAUCUUCCCAGUCUAUCAAAAGGAUGUGCCUGUUGUUGACAGAAACACUGGAGAUUUUGUGACACUGCCUGAUAAGAAUUGUGGUAGGAAUCCACCAUUCCUAGUAAUACUGGUAACAUCUCAGCUAAACCAAACUACAGACCGGAUGGCUAUCCGUGAAACGUGGGGCAAAGAAAGAAUAAUAGCAGGCAAACACAUUGUGACAUAUUUUCUCCUAGGAAACGAUUCGCAUCCCUAUCACCAGUUUGCUGUUACUACAGAAAGCUUACUGUAUAAAGACAUCAUCCAAAAGGAUUUUCUGGAUACAUAUUACAAUUUGACUUUAAAGACUUUGAUGGGACUUGAAUGGAUUCAUAAAUUCUGUCCACAGUCUAGCUUUGUCAUGAAAACUGAUUCUGAUAUGUUUGUUAAUACCUAUUACCUGACAGAACUUCUUUUAAAAAGAAACAAAACAACCAGAUUCUUCACAGGUGCUUUAAAAAUGCAUGAGCACCCAAUAAGGCGUCUAGGUAGUAAAUGGCAUGUUAAUAAAUGGGAAUAUCCAGGAAGAAAGUAUCCACCAUUUUGUUCAGGAACUGGCUAUGUUUUCUCCACUGAUCUUGCUAGUCAGGUGUACGUCAUUUCCAAAAAGGUCCCAUAUAUUAAACUGGAAGAUGUGUUUGUUGGUCUGUGCCUUGCUGAACUCAAAAUUAAGCCAGAAAUGCUUCAUUCAGAGCCAACAUUUUUUGCAGACCGAGUUGAAUUUUCUCCUUGUCGCUACAGGAAACUUGUUACAAGCCAUUUUAUCACUGCUAGUGAAAUGAUGGUGUACUGGAAUGUGCUGGAAAAAUCCAUGAUUGAAGAAUGCCCAAGUCGUUAG